UCUUUGCAGCUCAGUUGAUAACGAAACUUCAACGCAAACGGUUGACGAGAACGGAUAAAAUUUAAAUACACGGAAACACUGUUUGGAAAAUAUCAGUUAUUUUUUGUGUGUGUGCAAAUUUAAAAACAAAAACAAAUAAGUGUUUGAAAUUAGAAAAAAAUAAUAAAUUACUAUUGAAAUAAAGAUUUUGUAAAAAACAAAAAUAAAAUUUUAAUACUAAAUAAAUAUCUUUUUUUUUAAAUAAAAAGAGAAUUAAAUAUAUAACUACUUGUUGAAAAAUUACUCAUACGUCAAGGUGUGCUAAGUUAAAAAAUUAUUUAAUUAAUAUUAAUCAUACGCAGUGUUGUUUAAUAAAAUCAUCAUCAGCCGCAUCACACACAUCAUCAGUAGCAGCAACAACAUCAUCAUCAUUAGCAGCAGCACCAGCAGUGGCAGCAACAUCUUUGUCAGCAUCAAGCAGCAACAACAACUACGUUACGUUUUAAUUUCGUUUCAGUUUUUUUCUGCAAUCUCUAUUACUUCUCAAGAAACAGAAAUUAAUUCGUUAAAUAACAAUAAAUAUGAGAAAAACAUAUAACAAAAACUUUUAAAUCUUUACAUAAGUAAAUUAAAGUAAAGUAAAGAAAAUUAAAUUAAUUUUUAAAGUGCUGCUUACUACAGUUUUUUCAGUCAGUGAAAUAUUUUGUUUUUUUAAUCGAAUUAAAUUUACAAUAAAAGUUUAUUUAAGUUCGCAAUCCUUUGUAUGGUGAAUGUCUCAACAAGUUUAAUUCAGUAUAUUGCAGCCUUUAGUUCAUCACAUUACUUAUCUCAAAGUAGAGAGGACGUACUUGACAAUUACCUCUACUCAUUUUUCUCAGCGGGAGUAUAUUGUGAAUUCAAAUGUUUCCAUAGCUGUUGUGUUGUAUAAGCAAUUAAGUUUAAAUUUAACAACCCAGCCAACCAAAACAGCCAACUUUUUAGCUGGUUUUGUGCUAAAGACACGCACACAGAAAAUAUAUGUAAUUUAAAUAGAAAUCUCAACUAAGAAAACAAAGAAUAAAAUCAAAACCAAAAGAAAAAGAAAAAUAAAAGGAAUUUCUACAACAACGAGAUUCAAACAAUUAACAAUAACCGCCUUUUAGAAGGUAGGGUGGAGAAGAGAGGAAAAAAAGGAACAAGUUUUACCAAGGAAACAAAUGACAGAAUCUAUAUAAAACAUUUUUACGGAAGCAAAAGAUGUUAAAGAGGGAAGUAGCAGAAGUUUCUUUUAGAAAAUUUUCAUUUGAAUAAAUAACAACACUUAAGGCAAAUCACACAGAAACAACAACUAUAGCAACGAUAAUAACAACAACUACAACAAGAAGUUCGACAACAAUAAGAAGCCAGCACAACAACCUCUGACAACAACACACAAAACAAAUAAGCAAACAAAAAGAGAAGCAAAAACAAAUAAUGGCAAACGGAAAUGAAAUGAAGACAAAUUGAACAAGGAAGUUAAAGUUCAAUUGUGGAGAGAAAAUACAAAAGGUGCCCAAAAGUAGGCAGCAGCUGAAGGAAAAAAAAUAGAAACAAUGGUGGCAAAAAAUGUCAAUUAGACUUUGACUUGACAGCAGUCCAGUUUUUUUUACAACGACUACUUCCUAAGCAGUAGCAGUAGCAGUAGCAGUUGGAGUUUUGGGUUUUUAGCAGCUUAAUUAAAUUAAAAACUUUAACAAAGCCAAACUAAAUAACUUUAAUUAAGUCUUAACCACCAUUAUUAUCAACUUAACAUUACGAGCCCUUAGGAAGGAGGGGGAGCCAAGAACAAGAAAUUCAUAAUGACCGCCUUAUAUACAACACCCGCCUCAGAACUGGUCACAGCCACUUGGUCUGCCCUAGUGGCACAACGUGCCAAUACCACCGAACCCUUUAUGGCCACCAGAAGUGUAUACCAUCCGCCACAUCCCAAUUUGAUGGGCGACUUGAAUACCAUGACUUUCUCCACCAAUGCUCCAGUACCUGAAGCUGAGCGAGACGAUGUUAUUAAUAAUAAUUUUGUACAAAUCUUUUUCUGCAUCCUUUACUCAACGGUCUUUGUUUUGGGUGUCUUUGGCAAUGUCCUGGUUUGCUAUGUGGUGCUGCGCAACCGGGCCAUGCAAACAGUGACAAAUAUAUUCAUUACAAAUCUGGCUUUAUCCGAUAUACUAUUGUGUGUAUUGGCGGUGCCGUUUACGCCUCUAUACACUUUCAUGGGCCGUUGGGCCUUUGGCCGCACCUUGUGUCAUUUGGUGCCAUUUGCCCAGGGUUGUAGCAUUUACAUAUCUACACUAACCUUAACUUCCAUAGCCAUAGAUCGCUAUUUUGUGAUAAUAUAUCCGUUUCAUCCGCGCAUGAAACUCUCCACCUGCAUUGCCAUUAUAGUCAGCAUCUGGGUGAUAUCGCUGCUGGCCACUCUGCCGUAUGGCAUGUAUGUCCGUGUAUUUUCUGAGGAAAAUAUGCAGGGCAAUGUGACCUUGGAGGCAGCGAAUAUAAGCUUGCCGUUUAAUUUCACCUCUCCUUCCGCCAAUAUUACCUAUGCAGCCCAGCGUAAUUUUGAUGCCCACAUGCAGGUGGUCAACUCCAAUAAUAAUCUGGUAGCUGGGGAAGCUGCCGCCUUUUCGCCCAGCUUCUGUGAGGAGAAUUGGCCCUCGGAACGUUAUCGCAAAGUGUUUGGUUCUGUUACAACUAUUCUACAAUUCGUUUUGCCCUUCAUCAUUAUAUCCAUUUGCUAUAUAUGGAUUUCUGUAAAACUAAAUGCCCGUGCCAGGGCCAAACCGGGUUCAAAGUCCUCACGCAAAGAAGAGGCCGAUAGAGAUCGUAAGAAGCGCACAAAUCGCAUGUUAAUUUGCAUGGUCAGUGUAUUUGGUCUCUCCUGGCUGCCCAUUAAUUUGGUUAAUAUAUUCGACGAUUUCUAUGUAAAAUCCAAUGAAUGGCCUUUCUAUACGUUGCUGUUCUUUGUUGCCCACUCCAUAGCCAUGUCAUCCACCUGCUAUAAUCCCUUUCUGUAUGCCUGGUUAAAUGAGAAUUUCCGCAAAGAAUUUAAACAUGUCUUACCCUGCUUUAACCCCUCCAAUAACAAUAUUAUCAACAUCACCAGAGGCUAUAAUCGUUCGGAUCGCAAUACCUGUGGACCGCGUUUGCAUCAUGGCAAUGGUGGUGGCGGCACUGCCACCCGCGGCAGUAGUCUAGACAAUGAUGAACAAGAUGAUGGCAAUGCCAUUACCCAAGACACCUGCAUUACCAAGGAUAAAUUGCUGAUUAUACCCCGUGAACCCACCUAUGGAAAUGGUAAUUCUGCCUUGUCACCCUGCCUGGAGCGUGGCGUUAAUGUGUCGCUGGUGCAGUGCAGCAAACAGGUGGAGAUUUUAUUGAAUGACAACGAUAUUAGACAUCAUCAUCACCAUCGACAUCGUCGUAAUCAUAGAGACGAUGAUGAUAUCGAUUCGGGUGAUGAGCAAACAAUCGAGAUGCGUUUCAACGAGACCCCCUUUAUUAGUUCGGAUAAUACGACCGGCAUUAGUAUUAUGGAGACGAGUACGAGCAAUGAUCGUAGCGGCAGUAGUGAAAGAGAUUAUCGAUGUAACUGAGGAAGGAUUAUUGAAACGCAUUUCUAAGUAAACAAUGCCCUUACAGCCACAAAAAAUUCAAGGAAACUAUUUUUAAACAUUAUGGAAAAACCACAAAAUAAAAUAAAAAUCACAACAAAUGUACAAGAAUGGAAGUACACUUAUAGUUAUAUAGAAAAUGAAAACUAGUUUUAAAUUUGCAACGAAAAAUAAAACUACAAGUACUAUAAGUAUUUACUUAUAAAUAAAUAUUUACCUACAUUUAAGACAUAAUAAGAAAAUUACAUAAAUAAAUAAAUUUAAUUAAAUUAGUUUAGUUUAUUAAAAGUACUUGUAUUUACUACUACAACAUAUACUACACAUGUUGAUUUACCUAAUAAAAAGCAUGUAAAUAUUUCAUUAUAAUUUUUAAUUGAGCUCCCAAAAAGUAUGCAAUUUAAUGUAGUUUUUUGAGCCCCGUUUUGAUAGACUAUAAAAUAUUUGCUUAACUGAAAAACAACAUAAGCAAACCUUAUUUUUAGACUAUCAUUAUUAUGAAUACAUUAUUUUGCAUAAUAUUUUGAAAAACAACAAAUUUCUAAUUAUUUUAACAAACACUAUUAUAAUAAACUAAAUUUACUUAUUAUAAUUUUACACAAAUUAUAUAGAAAUUGUUAAAAUAUUUAAAUAAUAAAAAUGCUAGUAGUUAUUAGAAAAUUACAUUUAUGAAAUUGUAGGCAAAACUAAAACAAAAAAAUACUCAUUUCCAAAGAAUAAAGCAUAAACUAUUGCUGUAUAUUUUAAGGGGGUUUUUUAUAUUCGGUUUAAUAAUAAAUACAUACUUACAACUAAAAACAAAAUGGCUGUUAAAUUAAAAAUAAAUGAAAAAAUUAGAACUGUUUUUUUUUAAGGUAAAGAAAAACCUUAAUUUAAAAAAAAUUAUAUGUAAACAAAUUCUAUUUGAAAAAUGUCAAUGUUUAUAAAAACUAUAAGAAAACAAAACAAAAUUUAUAUACACACAACAACUGAAACCCUAAAAUUAUGCUAUAAUUAAAAGAAAAUCCAGUUACACUGGCAUAUAUGCUAAGCAUUUUCUAUAUGUAUUUAAAUAAAUAAAUAAAUGUAAUUAAACAAAACUACAACUUAACACAAGAACAACUAUAAAAAUAAAAAUAACAAUGAAAGUAUUCUAGUCUUGUCACUAUCCAUGGAUUUACUUACAUGCAUGCUAACCUUAGGUUGGCAUGCUUACUUAGUCUUUUACAAAAAACAAUUCAAGGAAUUUCCAACAGAAAUGGAGAAAUUCUUCAAUAAUUAUAAGUGUAAAAAUUAGAUAAACUAUUUGUAUGUUAAAGAAAUUUUUAUAAAAUAAAAAAGUGUUAAUAAAUAUAAUUGUAAAAAUUAAUAAAUUAUCUUAAAAAAUGCCAAGAGAAAAAUAACAAAAACUAAAACAAACUACAAAAUAUUAUUUGUGUAAUUGUGCAAUUUAAAAAAAAAAAAUAAACAAAGAAAGACAAUUAAAUAAAAAAUAAUAAUAUAAAACAAGAGAUUUAAUUACAUAAAUAAAUGUUUAAACAAGGA